UUGGGGCUCAAAUAUCUGGCUUAAUUUGGAGAUAAGCCUCGUUUUGUUGGAGGAUAAAUCUGUUGAGAAGGGGUUUAACUGUUGAAAUGCUCCCUCUUUCUGGUGCAAAUGGGAAGAUUGCUUUUCAAAGUGCUUUUUCCUGGGAGCUCUGGCUCCGGCAGAAUCCUGUAUUUAUUUCGGGCAGAAUGGCACAUUGUUUUAUAAAUAUCUUUUCUGUAGUUUCAACAUAGCUGCUGGUUGUUGUGUUUCUUAUAUAAUGCUACCGAGAUCUGUCUGACUGCCUUUCGUUUGCUUUACUGUUCUCUCCCAUUAUCGUUCAGAUUUUCCUGCAUAAAGUAAAAACCCCCGAGGGAAUAAAUCAGUGGUGCUUAUUUAAACAGACCACAACUUGAAGGAAAUCCUUGCUUUUUUGGAAUAUCCUUUGCCAUCCACCAAUGGCAUUCCCAACGCCGCUCGAGACCAUCGAUAAGUAAUUUUUGUAAGCGAUUGCUUUUCCACGAGCUCGCCUUGGAGCCUUUGAUGUCGGAUGUGCCCUACUUUGGAUAUUCCUGCAUUGAAUGUCUGAGGAGCUCCGGCCGAUCCUGAGCCAUGUCGCAGAUGUUGCACAUAGAGAUUCCCAACUUCGGGAACACCGUCCUGGGCUGCCUGAACGAGCAGCGGCUGCUGGGGCUCUACUGCGAUGUCUCCAUCGUGGUGAAGGGCCAAGCCUUCAAGGCUCACCGGGCGGUGCUGGCCGCCAGCAGCCUCUACUUCCGAGACUUGUUCAGCGGGAACAGCAAAAACGCCUUUGAGCUGCCGGGCACCGUCCCCCCGGCUUGCUUCCAGCAGAUCCUCUCCUUCUGCUACACCGGCAAGCUGACCAUGGCGGCGAGCGAGCAGCUGGUGGUGAUGUACACGGCGGGCUUCCUGCAGAUCCAGCACAUCGUGGAGAAAGGGACGGACUUGAUGUUCAAGGUCAGCUCUCCCCACUGUGACUCUCAGACCACCAUGAUCGAAGACCCCAGCUCGGAGCCGCAGAGCCCCUGCAACCAGCUGCAGUCGGCCUCGGCGCCCUACGUCAUGUCCCCCUCCAUGCCCAUCCCGCUCCUCACGCGCGUCAAACACGAGAACCUGGAGCUGCAGGCCCUGCCCGGCCUGCCCGGCAAGCGGCCCCUGGAGCCCGGCGCCCGGGACGGGCCCGGCGGCGCCGGCGGCGCCAGCGCGGGGCCCCUGAAGCUGUCGCGGGUCUCCUACUACGGCGUGCCCAACCUGGCCACGCUGCUCCCCAACGUGCAGCAGGUGCAGUACUCGCAGGGAGAGCGCACCAGCCCCGGCGCCAGCAGCAUCCCCACCACCGACAGCCCCACCUCCUACCACAACGAGGAGGACGAGGAGGACGACGAGGCCUACGACACCAUGGUGGAGGAGCAGUACGGGCAGAUGUACAUCAAGUCGUCGGGAGGUUAUUCUGUUGCCCAAGAGAAGGCAGAGCAGAUCCCGCUGGAGAACCGCUCCUGUGUCCUGAUCCGACGGGACCUGGUGGCUCUCCCUGCCAGCCUCAUCAGCCAGAUCGGGUACCGCUGCCACCCAAAGCUCUACUCCGAGGGAGACCCUGGGGAAAAGCUCGAGCUCGUUGCAGGCUCAGGUGUUUACAUCACCCGGGGGCAGCUGAUGAAUUGCCAUUUAUGUGCUGGUGUCAAACACAAGGUCCUGCUCAGACGUCUCCUGGCCACCUUCUUCGACCGGAACACUCUUGCCAACAGCUGUGGAACUGGAAUCAGGUCCUCCACCAGCGAUCCCAGCAGGAAGCCCUUGGACAGCAGGGUCCUUAAUGCAGUUAAAUUGUACUGCCAGAAUUUUGCCCCGAGCUUUAAGGAGAGCGAGAUGAACGUGAUCGCGGCCGACAUGUGCACCAACGCGCGGCGCGUGCGCAAGCGCUGGCUGCCCAAGAUCAAAUCCAUGCUGCCCGAGGGCAUGGAGAUGUACCGCAGCGUCAUGGGCUCCUCCACAAACACUGUCCCCCUGGAGCAAGACUUCCAGCCCAACGCCGCUCAGGCCUUCGAGCAGCGCAUCUAUGCAGAGAGGAGGAGCGAGGCGGGGACUAUCGUGGCCUUGAGAACUAGCACGGUGAACGUGGAGCUCAGCAACGCCUCCGGCCAGCCCUUCGAGCAGGGCGAGGACGCCGAGGGCGCCGGCUCCGUCAUCCAGGAGGCGGCCGCCCCAGACGCCGCGGCCUCGGAAACCCAAAGCACUCCGCAGCCCUUCGAGCAAGGCUCGGGCUCCUCCAGCCGGCCCGAGACCCCCGUCAGGAGGCAGGAUGGUACUUAUGGAGGGACUUUAUAGAGGGAGAGCAAACAUUUCAUGACCUAUAAGGGAUCUGUAAUACUAAAGCUGCUUGCAUGCGUUACUAAUACAAAACGAAAAAAUGUGAUCAAGCCACUUACCUACUGAACUGCUACUGUUGCCUGAAAAAAAUGUGAUUUUUAUUCUGCUUGUAUUUAAAAUUUAUGAAGGAAAUAAUCGCAUUCGUUAUACUGUAAACGACUAGGUCUGUGGCGACCUACUUAAAAAAAUAUUGGGCUCCUUUUUUGAUAUUCCUGAGGUUAGUCUAUAAGAUUGUAGCUUUUUCUUUUUUUUUUUUUUCCUUUCCUUUCCUUUUUUUUUUGGUUUUUUUUUGGGUUUUUUUGUUUUUUGUUUGUUUUAAGAAGGGGAGGAGAAAAGCUAGCCACCCCCCCCACCCACCACCACCCCGUCAUCACCCCAUCCAUCACUCAGCUCAGAAGUAAAGCCAUCGUUAACCUUGUCCUCUAAGGAGAGUUUUGUCACUGAACAGGAAAGCGAGGCGUGUUCGGGUGCAGGUGCUGUGACUGGCCGCGUUUGUCUCGGGAAGGGCUCGAGCCAAGUGGGAUGGGCUGGGGGAAAUCGUGGCAGUGACCGUGGCCAGACCCCCCUGGAGGCAGGGGGGAGCCCUGGCUGUUGAGUGGGUGCUGUUGUCCCGGGGAGGAUCCUGCAGGGAUGGCUCUGCAGGAAUUCGGGAGGACUGCGUGGGAUGCAGGUGGAGAGCCUGGCUGCCGUUGUGCUUGUGGUCUGGUUUUUGCCCAGUAUGGCUGGGUUUGGGUUUGGUUUUUCUCUCCCUUCCUCCCUCCCUCCCAGCCAUCCCUUUUCCUUUGCUUCUCCGUGUCUGCACCUUCACCUCCCCACUCGUGGGGGGCCGGGCUCUGUCACCCCUCUGCACCCCGGGGCGUGCAGCUCCUGGGGCACCCACUGGGAGGGGAGGAGCCCCCCUCAUUUAGGGAUUGAGGGAGGAAUCUGAGCAUGGAGAGCACGUUGUUCUUGCUCCAAAGGGCACAGAGUCAGGAGCUCCUGGUGUUGGCUCCUGGCAGCAUCCGCACCGGAGGCAGAGCUCAGUGUGUGCAGAGCUCACCCUCUGCCCCUCCCUCCUCCCCAGGCCAACCAGGCUCUCACUUUUUAAUAAUUUGGGGUGUAUUGGAUGCAGAAAUUUUAAAAAUGAGCUUUGAGCCCUUCUGUGAAGUGGUUUUGGGGAGGAGGAAGCACUUUGCCUCCUGCUCACCCUCCCGCUGCCCCUUCUGGGGAAAACCCAAUGUGGAGUUAUGUGUCUUUAUUUUUGUUGUUGCAGGCUGAUGUCCCCAGGCUGUGGUGGCUUUGGUGGCCUCGGGAUGGCACUUGUGGGUGUCCCUGGAGCCUGAUGGGCAGCAGGUACCUGCUCUGUCCCUCACCUUUCCAAACCCCAAAGUCUGUCCCUCAGAGCUCUGAGGGGACACUGCAGCUUCCCCCGAGGGCUGGGGCCAGGCUGGGGGUCCCCAGGGGAUGGGGACAGGAACAUGAAAGCCAAGUUUGGCUUUUUCCUUUUUUUCCUUUCCUUUUUUUAAUGAUGGUUAUUUUUACUGUGACUUAACGACCUGCUUUAAUGACACUUGCAGCUUGUUCUCUAACACGUUUGGGACUAGGAACAAGGUGCACAAAGUCACUUUUUGGCUGCUGUGGCUGUGCUCCUCUUUUCUUUCCUGCUUUGAUUCCCUAAUCCAGACAGCGCUUUGCUCAGGGUUUUCUUCCUUCUUUGUAUUUCCAUUGGGAAAGGGGGAGUGGGGAGAGGAUAACCCAACUUUUGGCCAUUUGUUUUGUUUUCUUUGAUACUUGAAGCAGUUUUUUUGCGUCGUAAAUAACGAGGCUGCCCAGCCUGUGCCACUGCUCCUGACACAACAAAUCAGUGAUGAGGGGGGUCCUGCCCCACUCUGGGUUUUGGCACAGCUUUUUUUGGGGGGACUGUGACGCCCCAGAGCAGAUUUUGGGGGCUGGUGCAGGUGCAGAGGUGUGGGAUGCUUUGGAGAAGUGGGAAUGGGCACGGCUCUAUUUGCACUUUACCCACAUCACUAAAGAAGCCCGGGGACCACGGGCUGAGCUCGGGGGGCUUUGUCCCCAUCCCUGGGGACACGGAGCACCUCCUUGGCCCUGGGGACAGCUGCUGGAGGGCAGCUCAGCCAGCUUGGUGGGGCUCAGCUUUGCCUGAGGACCCUCCUGAUCCCCAAAUCUUUGGGUUUGCCAAAACUUUGAGGCAAGCUGGGAGCGGAGAUCAAAAGUCGUCCCUUGUGUGUGUGUCUGUGUGCAUAUAUAUAAAUAUAAAUAUAGAGAGAAGAGAUAUUGCAGAGGAUUCCUCCUCCUCCUCCUCCUUUUUGGCACUUGCAGGGGGUGGGGAGCAGGCUGAGCCCCCUGGCCAGGGGCUGCACUUGGCUGGAGGGAUUAAUUCUGGACCAAACCUGUUCCCAGACAGCCGGGGGGGCCACCGGGGGGGCAGCAGCAAAGUACUUGAAUGGCUUAGGACAGAGAGUCUGCAGAGAGUCAAGUUGCACAGUGAAAAUAUAUAUUUUUAUACCUAGCACAACUUCCUGUAUAUUUUGGGGUUUUUUCUUUCUUUUUUUUUUUUUUCUUUCAUUUCCUUUUUUUUUUUUUUUCCUGAUUUGGGUUUGUUUUAUUAAUUAUUAUUAUUAUUAUUAGGAAGGCAAACUUCUAAAAUGUGAAGGGCGUUGGGUUUUUCCUUAUCUGGUAGAUGAGGGCAAGCAUUUUGCACUAAUGUUUCCUGUGUGUGGAGGAUUAAUGAUAUGUUUGAAAAUGUUAUAUGGUAAUGAUUGUAUUCUUCCGAGAAAAAAACAACAAAAAAAAAGCAAAAAAAAUAACCCCUUAAAACUGAAUGUAAGGUGAGAACAGAGCAGUCCAUCGAUUGUAUGCGGCUUUCCUGAGUGCCUUAGAAUUUUUUGAUCAUUUUUUUUCCAAGGAAAACAGAUUAAGAAGAUCAGAUCAUAACCUACUCCUUCCUCCUCUUUGUUUACGACACUAUUUUAAAUUCUAGAAUUUUGGGGCUGCUUUAUAAUGUGAAUAGGAAACUGCAUUCAUCUAGGUCUGACAGUGUAAAAUCAGAGCAUCAGUAUUUAUGGUAUGUCUGCACCUUUAUUCUUAUGCUUGACUAUUAGCAAUAUUACCUGUAUAUUCUAUAUCUAAAGUUAUACCAAGCACCUUUAACGAGCGCAGAGUGUAAAACAAAGCACCCGAGUUCCCCGCAGCUGCCGUAGCUAGGACCAGCUCCUCUCCUCCUCGUUAGCGCUAAUUAAUCACCGCUUCGCCCGGCCGAGGGGCUGCAUGACCCUCUGCCCCCGCGGUGUGGCACGGGCCGGUGGCACGGUGACAUUCCCGACCCUUCCCGGCGGCGAGGGCAGGAGCUGGAGCGGCUCCGGGGCAUCCUGGGGCCGGGGGUGCUCCGGGAUGGGGCCGGGAACGGCGGCUCCGAGCCCCGGCUGGAACUGCCCCAGGGCUGGGCAGCGGAGACCCUGCGGUGUCCCCAGGCUGUCCCCAGGGCUGUCCCGGAGAUGUCCUAGGGCUGUCCCCAGGCUGUCCCCAGGCUGUCCCGGAGAUGUCUCUUAGGGCUGCCCCUCGGCUCUGCUCAGAGCUGUCCCCAGGAAUGUCCUCAAAGCUGUCCCUGGGGAUGUCCCCGGGGCUCUGCUCAGAGCUGUCCCUAGAGCUGUUCCCAGGACUGUCUCCCAGAAUUGUCCCCAGGUCUGUCCCCUCGACUGUCUCCCAGAACUGUCCCCAGGACUGUCCCAGGUCUAUCCCCCGGGCUGUCCCCAGGACUGUCCCUGGGGCUGUCCCCAGGGUUGUCCCGGGGCUCUGCUCAGAACUGUCCCCAGGACUGUCCCCAAGGUUGUCCCCAGGACUGUCCCCAAGGUUGUCCCCAAGUCUGUCCCCACGUCUCUCCCUGGGUCUGUCCCCAAGGCUGUCCCAGGACUGUCCCCAGUCCUGUCCCAGGUCUGUCCCCAGGACUGUCCCAGGUCUGUCCCAGGGCUGUCCCCAGAUCUGUCCCAGCUCUGUCCCCAGGUCUGUCCCAGGUCUGUCCCCAGGACUGUCCCCACGUCUGUCCCAGGUCUGUCCCAGAUCUGUCCUCGGGGCUGUCCCCACGUCUGUCCCAGGUCUGUCCCAGAUCUGUCCUCGGGGCUGUCCCCAGCUCUGUCCCCAGAUCUGUCCCCGGUCUGUCCCAGGGCUGUCCCCAGAUCUGUCCCAGCUCUGUCCCCAGGUCUGUCCCAGAUCUGUCCCAGGUCUGUCCCAGGUCUGUCCCCAGAUCUGUCCCAGGUCUGUCCCGGGUCUGUCCCCAAGGCUGUCCCAGUCCUGUCCCAGGUCUGUCCCGGGUCUGUCCCAGGUCUGUCCCAGGUCUGUCCCGGGUCUGUCCCCAAGGCUGUCCCAGUCCUGUCCCAGGUCUGUCCCGGGUCUGUCCCAGGUCUGUCCCGGGGCUGUCCCGGGGCUGUCCCGGGGCUGUCCCAGUCCUGUCCCGGGUCUGUCCCGGGGCUCUGCUCCCUGGCUCCCUGGAAUCGCUCUCUGCGCUGGGGAAGGAGCCGGGAUGAGCCCGGAGUGUCCCCAGGUGUCCCCGCAGCCAUCCCGGGAUUCAACUGCUGCUCCAAGUGUUCUGCUCUCCCAGCCCUGCUGGACACGCUCACAUUGGAAACCCCUCCACUCCUCCUCGAGUUUCUUCCACUGUUUAAAAGCGUUUUGCACACACACAAAAAAUUUACAAAAAAAAAAAGAGAAAAAAAAAAUCGUGAUUUUUAUGUCAAGGUUAUAAUAAAAUAAAGAAAAAAGCCAAAACUUGCAAUACUAUUUUUAGCAGACAAGAAUAAAGAAAAGAAAAGUAAAUAAAAUAAUUAAUAAAUAAUAAAAAACAACUGAGUAUAAAUGUAUAAAUAUUUUUGACUUGAACAUUUGGAUGGCACUUGAUUCAAAUAGAACAUUAAUCCUUUGGACAGAAUGUUUGGGGAAAAAAAAGGACUUAAAGUACAAGGUUGUUUUUAAAGCGUCUUCAUAGGGUAUUAAGUAGUACUGUAAUUCAUGACUGUUAAAAAUACUUUCUGUGCUGUAAGGAAAUCUCACAGUACCACUGAAUUAUGUUCCUCAACUGUCUCAGCCACGAACGAUGCUAGCUUCUUUUUUUUUUUUUAUUUUAUUUUAUUUUAUUUUUUACCGUGCAUUAUUCACUAGUAUUUAUGUGCUCUUACUCUGUAUAGUUCAGACUGUUAUUUUGUAGCCAUGGCUGACAUGAUAUAUCAGUAACUAAAAAAAAAAAAAGAGAGAGAAAACAUGAAGACCCCCCCUGCCCCGAGCUGGAACUGUGCUCAUAGCUGUUUUCAUAUGAUGAAAAAAAAUCCAUUAAAAAAAAAAAAAAAGAAAAACAAAAAAAACCAACCCAAUGUGAUCAUUAAUUGUAAAACGCUUUGUAAAAUUCACAUUUACAAAAUAAUAAAGUAAAUUACAAUUAAAA